UGGUUUGUGCUGCCAUCUGUCUGUAGAUAAUGUGAAAUCACAUUCAUGAACACAAACAUGUCUCUCGACUCUCACAUUGGCGUUCAUCGCGUCUUUUGAACUGAAGCUUGAUGCUCGUUGAGUUUGAAGUGAAAAGCGCAGAAAGAUGUCGCAGAAGAUGCUGCCCUUUUUCCUGGGGCUCCUCGUUUGCACCGGGACGUGUUUGGUUCAGGGGAAGGAGUUUUGUUUUGGUGUGAACAAUGAACAGUACCGCUGUGAGAUGGGCUACUGUUGUGGAGAGACCGAGUGCUGCACCUACUAUUACGAGCUGUGGUGGUUCUGGUUGGUGUGGACACUCAUCAUUAUGCUGAGCUGCUGCUGCGCGUACAGACACCGGCGUGUGAAGAUGCGUCUGCAGCAGGAGCAGAGACAGCGCGAGAUCAGCCUCAUGGCGUAUCAGGGCGCGUCCAGCUCCUUCAUCACUCCUCCACCUCUGAACCUGCGUUUCUGGAGCGACUGCAAGCUGCCCGACUACGAGGAGGUUGUAGGUCACCCCCCAACCCCCCCUCCACCCUACUCCGAGAUCCCCGGACGUCCCACACCCAGUGAGCAGUCUGAGGCAGCAGUGGUGCUCGAGCCCCCCACGGAGGAGAUGGCCUGCGAUUGGUCGGAUCGGGAUGCAGCGGCUGGCACGGAUGAUUCAGAAGAACUGAACACUCGUCGCAGACACGUGACAGGUGAUUCGGGCAUUGAGGUGUGCGUGUGCCAACUGGACGUGGAUGAGGAGGAGGAGGGCAGGGUGUGCCAGGGAUUGGGCGAUGCGUGCUGCUCUGAGCGUCCGGCCCUCGUGAAUAAAGAACUGUCGCCUGAAGCCGACGGCGCUGCCGACCGACUCGUCUGAUUCCUGCAAUAAAACAUGCAAAUAAUAAGACAGUUUGUGCACAAACCGCGUGACGGGCAAACGUUAAUUUCAUUGGAUAUUUCUGCAGUGUGACGCCGGCAUGUCUGUUUGUUUCUCGUGCUGUUUCUCUGACACACACACACACACACACACACACACACACACACAUACACUGAUAGAAUGAUCAAGAGACGAGUGUUUGUUUUUCACACAGCUGCACCAUGACAUCACCACAGUGACUGUCGCAUGUGCAGCUCCUCCAGAGAAACACACAUUUCAGCAGGGUUUUAAAGAUGAAAUCAACAGCAGUUUAGAGGUGAUAAUUGGACGUGUAUUCUGUUGUGCUCAGCAUGUAAUGUGAGAAUCUUGAAAAACUCCAUGAGUCUCUAUCACUAUCAUUAAAGGAAUAGUUCACCCAAAAAUCAUUAACUCUCUCUUAUGCCGUCUCAAACCCAUAUGAAUUUCUUUCUUCAGAUAACAUAAACAAAGAUGUUCUAAUAGAGAAAAUCAGAAGUCAAUGGGGAUACUUGCAUUGUAUGGAUAUAAACGCCUCAUAUCUCCAUCAAAAUAUCUUAGUUUGUGUUCUGCUUAAGAAAGCCAUAUGAGUUUGAGACAGCAUAAGGGUGAGUAAAUGAUGAGAGAAUUAUAAUUUUUAGAUGCACUGCUCCUUUAACGUGUCUCUCAGUUCUUGAUGUGCUGCUACUGCAGUCGUACGCUGCGGUGUGAAACGCUGCGUUAGUUUCACACCGCUCAUGUGUAAGCAGGCGUCCCGUGACGUGUUUUGUUUCAGUAACAGAGACACUGAGUUGUGGAUCAGAGCACCUCAGUGUCACAUGAAUCUAAUACUUCUAGAUGAAAUACUGAGUGAUGGCAUGUGAAAACACACGUUAAAGCUCGCAGAAGAUCUCUCGCAUACACACUUGUGGAAAUAUGCUUUCUGGUCAUCGCCGGAUAACACGUCAAAGUUUCUGCUGAAGGUCACAACGCAAUGCCAGAUGACCACAUGAUGCUUUGCAUGAAUAGUUAGUAAAAUGAAAGCACAAAUCUGAUCAACUGUGUGCCGGUGGGCUAUCUGCCCAUUCCUGCACACUGAAACUCCGUCAGGUUUAGACCCUUGAUUUGCAGUUUGAGGGGUGAUUCUCACGAAACCUGUUAAGAAAAUGUCCUGGUCAUAUUUCACCCCGAAUCAAUACAAAAAUGUUUUGCAUUAUGACAUGACAUUUUUUAGUUUUAUUUGUUUUUUGACACAGUCGUUACAGUUAAAAGAAGCUGUUGUACAUCCGUGGAAAGAAAGGCAGUUUCCUUGACCCGUUCUGUGAGAAUCACCCCCAUUUAAAGUUCAGUUUAUAGUUGCAUGAUGUUUGUACGGCAGUUAAUAAACAUACAUUUUAUUUCAUGUUUAAACUUAUGAGGGACUGUGUUCAGACAGCAAACAGACACUCACAUGUUUACCUGCAUUAAAGGGCUACAAACACACACACACACACUCACACACUUCGAGAGGCUGUUUAGUGAUGUUGUCAUUAUUUUAGCAACACUGAAUGUGUGCGCGUGUUUUCAGGGUGUCUUUAUUUUGUGUGUGUUGCACUGAAGCUGUUGAGAUUAACCGCCAUCUGUCGUACUCUUGGAAUUUCUUCCACUCGUCCACAACUUACACAAAGUUUACACAUUGUGUGCCUUUCCCAAUGAAAAAUACAAGAACUAUCUAACUAGGCUAUGCAAAAAAAAAAAACAACUCUGUUGUGCACCGCGGGUACACUCUGUGGUGUUCAGUACAGCAAUACCGAUCUCAACGGCUUUUUUCAUGUACGCUUAACUCGGUUUUUGUCUGAUACAAGCAAACCGUUUAUUGCCACUAUGGACCGUUAUUUCUUAGGUUUAUACUUUGGUUAAUCUGUCUCAUGUGUUAAUGAAUUUAAACAAUGACGUUUUUUUUCUCAUUCAUUUUACUCGUUAAUAAACGCCUCCGUAUGUGACACAUUAUUUCCAAUUACUGACCAGUUUUGGAUUUGUAAAGCUCAGUAAUUGGACAUGGAGAUGUUUUGUUUCAGCAGUGAUGACUGUUUUAUUAUGCUGAUGAUGAUGCAGCGCUCUGGUAUCUUAAGACUUGAGCAGCUCAAAUAUUUAAUAUCGAGCCAAAUCACAGUUCAGACCUGUCUCAUCUACAGCAGAACGCUCACUUACACUUCGAUAAACCAAGUCGACCUGUUUUUACUCAAUAAUUUGUAAUAAAUAUUAGUGCUCAGCUAAAAUGUGUACCAUGUAUGUAAUGUACUCAAGCAGUUGACAGUGGCUUAAUUUCAUUGAGAUUUUUCCUCAUCGCAGAUUUAAGUGUGUGGUGAUUUUUGCCAAACAGAAACCUGAUGCUUGACAGAAGUGAUGUUUGAUUUCCUGUGAUGUAGAAGGAAAACUUGAGCACUGAUAGCUGAGUGGCGUUUUCUACUGUCAGGUUUAUUUAGUAAGAUGUCUGCUGUGUUACUCUAUAGUCAUUUGUAUUUUAUUUUUGUAAUAAAAAAUAAACCAGCUUUGGCUCUCAACUGUUUGGAUUCCUG